AUGCCCAUAAAUUCAAUGGAUUUUAAUAAAGAUGGUUCAUUACUUAUAACAGCAUCCGACGAUGAAUCAAUUCAUUUAUAUAAUAUAGACUCAGGAGAAUUAAAUAAAACUUUAUAUAGCAAAAAAUAUGGUGUUGAUCUAAUAAAGUUUACACAUAGCAAUACAUCAAUUAUAUGUGCAUCAAAAAACUCAUGGGAUGAAUCUUUAAGAUAUUUAUCAUUACACGAUAAUAGAUAUUUAAAGUAUUUUAAAGGUCAUAGAAAUAAGGUAGUAUCAAUUUCAAUGUCACCAAUAAACGAUCAAUUUAUUUCAGGUUCGUUAGAUGAUACAAUUAGGAUGUGGGAUUUAAGAACUAAUAUAUGUCAAGGAUUAUUAAGAAGAAGCGGUAGACCAUCAGUAUCAUUUGAUCCACAAGGUCUUAUUUUUGCAACUGCAGUAUCUGUAAAUACAAUUAAACUUUAUGAUCUCAGAAAUUAUGAUAAAGGUCCAUUUUCUUCAUUUUCAAUUGAUCACCCAAUGCCUGUUGAGUGGACAACAAUGAAAUUUACUAGUGAUGGGAAAUAUAUACUUUUAUCAACAAGAAAUAAUGUUAUAUUUUUAAUAGAUUCUUUUACUGGUGAAGUUAAACAAAGAUAUACUAGUUUUGUAAAUAAUAAUGGUUCGGUACUUGAAGCAUCUUUUUCACCUGAUGCACAAUAUGUUUUAUCUGGAAGCGAGGAUGGUUCAGUCCAUGUUUGGAAAACUUUAACAGGCGAGGAAGUUGCAGUUUGGAAUGGUCAUUCAAAUACAGUUGGUUGUGUACAGUGGAACCCUAGAUCAAUGAUGGCGGCAUCUUCAGACUCUUCUUUAGCUUUUUGGAUACCUGAUAAAAAUGCAAUUGAUCAAUUAAACUAA